AAUUUUUUCUUUUUUAACAGGAGAGUUUUUUACUUCUAUAUAAAGAUAUAUUCUUUCUAUUUUAGUACAGAAUGGCACAUAGGAAACCUAAAUACAGAUACGGACUUCUUGAAACUCCAGAAACAUCCGAUUUUGGCGACGAAACAACAUUGCAAUCUUCCACAGUAUGUGACAGUACGUUCCAUAAAACAAUAGAACAAGCUGGACCUUCUAACCGAGCUAAUAUAUCACCAUUUACACCUACUACACCUAAAUGCAACUAUGUUUUUGUCGCAAAAUCAAAUUUUCAAGCUAAUUCAAGUGAUAAUUGCACACCGAAGAACAGAGUGAAGUUAUCACAUAACUUUACGGACAGGACUCUCCUUGCUUCUGAUGAAGCUUCUACUUCCAGCAAGUCAAGUACCCCAGUGUUCCAGGUACCCAGUGGUUACCCUCCAAAAAGAGUUGGAUCUUUUCCUAAUGUAGCACAAAGAACACCAAUCUUCAGGCCGAAUAGCAGGGCACCCAGUUCUUCUAAUUUGACCAAGAGCACGCCCAGGAGGUCUAUAGUUACACCUAGUGGAUAUAAAAGUACACCACGAACCACGCCACGUAGUCGUAACACUCCGAAAGUAUCAGAAACGCCAAGAAAUAAUGAUCCUUCAAUUGUGGUGACCAUUGUAGAAGGCAGGGGUCUAGCCAGAGGCGAAAUAGGAAUGGCUUCAAUUGACUUAAAAAAUCCAAUUCUGACGUUAUCCCAAUUUUCGGACUCUCAAACUUAUGUGAAAACGCUCACAAAGCUUCAGAUUUUGUCUCCGAUUGAAAUAGUUUUUCCAAGCACGAUGUGUGAUAAUGGGAGCAUGACACAAGUGUUCAAAUUUGUGAAUGAGAAUUUUCAGAGUUCUAACAUAACAACCGUACAAAGACAUUACUUUAAUGAAACAAAUGGUCUUGAUAUGAUUAAAAGAUUGGUCAUGAGGGAAAAUAGCUCUGUGGUAAUGGAUGUAACAGCUAAAUACUACUGUCUUGCAGCCAGUGCAGCAUUGAUAAAAUAUGUUGAAUUUGUUCAAAACACAAUAUACGCAUCAGAAUCAUUGAGGAUCGUAUUCAAAGGCAGCGAACAAACUACUUUAAUAGAUGCUGGUACUUCUUCUGUGUUGGAACUCGCUGUGAAUCUAAAUGACCCAAAAAGCGACCAAUCUUUAUAUGGUGUUCUGAACCACACAAAGACACAGGGAGGAUCCCGUCUUCUCCGAUGUAACGUCCUCCAACCUCCUAAUGAUGUUGAGACCAUCCAAGGGAGGCUAGAUUGCGUGGAGGAUCUUUCAAACUCUUCAGAGCUCUUCUUUGGGAUAACUGCUUUGUGUAUUAACAAUACCUUUCUUUUUUCCCACAGUCUUGUAACAGAACUCUUAUCAGAAGUGCGGACUUGUAUAGGAUGUUUAUACAACCUAUCUGAGAUUGUAUCUACACUAGAUAUGCUUAUGUCAUUUGCUCAUGUUAGAACAGUUACUGAUUGUGUUCGUCCCGAAUUUACGGACACUCUGGCAGUUAAAAGUGGUCGGCACCCUGUGUUGGAUCGUGUGCUGCCAUCUUUGGUCCCAAACAACAUAUACGCAGCUGAUGGGACCAACUUUAGCGUGAUUACGGGACCAAAUAUGAGUGGCAAGUCAACUUAUUUGAAAAUGAUAGCGUUAUUACAGGUGAUGGCACAGAUCGGAUGUUUCGUCCCAGCUGACUUUGCAUCUUUCCGCAUCUCGGAUCAAAUCUUCUCGAGGAUCGGAAGUGAUGACGACAUGGAGACGAACUCUUCUACGUUUGUGCUCGAGAUGAAAGAGAUAAACUACAUCUUACAAAACUGCGAAGGCAACAGUUUAAUUCUAAUCGAUGAAUUAGGCCGCGGUACAUCAACUGAAGAAGGAAUUGGACUAUGUUGGGCUAUUUCAGAAUUCCUGCUAGUUCAAAAGUCUUUCACAUUUUUUGCAACUCAUUUUCUUGAGUUGUGUCGUUUGGAGACAAUUUACCCCAACGUGGAAAAUUAUCAUAUGCAGAUACAACACAUAGUAUCUGCGAAAGGCAGUUUACGAAAAGUAAGUUACACUUAUGUUUUGUCAAAAGGACACACAGAAGAAAAACAUUACGGUCUACAGUUAGCUGAAUUGUUCAAUUUUCCAUCCUCUGUGAUGUCACAAGCGCGGGAAAUAGCAGCCAGUAUGCAAGAGACUUCAGAUACGGCUGAUAUUGUUACAACUGCUGAGAGGAAAAAGGACAACGCUGACUACAGAUUUGCCACAAAAUUACUUCAAGUCUCUAGAAGUUCUAAGUUAAGCAGUGAAGCUUUAAAAGAAUAUCUGAAAAGGUUACGAGAAGAGUAUGAAAAAGAAAUUAGUAUAAAUAUAACAUCGCCUAAUCCUGAUAAUGAAACUGGUAAAACACCGCCAGAAGAUCAACCGCUUGCCCCCGUCUCUUCCCUGUUUGAGAAGAGCAACUCUGCUUACCAGAUGGUGCCAGAGAGCGGUAUUUCAGUUUGAAUUUUUGUUUGUUUUUUAAUUUUUAUUUUCUUUUUUUUAACAAAGUUUAUUCCAGUUUGACCCAUUUUUGUUUGUUUUUUAUAAAACAAGGUUUUUAAACAUUUUUCUAUGAUUUUACAAGUACUUAACUUUUUUCUAUAGUUUUCUACUAUUUGUUAGUUUUUAAGCAGUUUUUUAAUAGAUUUUACUUUAAUUUUAUGGUAAAAACAGACAUUUUAAGCCUAGUUUAAAACGCUGUGAAAAUCUAACUUUUUUUCUUUUUGUUGGCUAUUUUUACACGCAGUUUUUCUUUGUCAGUUCUUAUAAAGUUUCAGAUGAAAAUACAGUUUUAUAUGAGU